AUGUUUCUGUUUAUCUUGCUAUCAUAUGCAUUAGCUUGUUCAGAUCAGAAUUGCGUAGAAUGUAAUUAACCUACAAUUUGCACUGCUUGUGUUUCUCCUCUAAUAUUAAGCAACAAUCAAUGCGUAUUCAAUUGUCCAUCAAACUAUUACCCCGACAUUGUAAAUAAUGUGAGAUAGUGUCUGAAAUGUAAUGACAAAUGUUUGGAGUGUUUUGAUGGCUCACCAUCUGGUUGUACUAAAUGCAUGAAGCCUUUGAGAUUGAUGUGUGGCAAUUGUAUUGAUAGUGUGGCAGAUUCUGGGUGUUCUGAUUGUAGUUCUCAAUGUAUAACUUGUUUUGGCAGAACCUCAUCGGAAUGCUACCUUUGUAAACUUCCGAAUUUCCAUUCUCCAAACACUGACAGUUGUGAAUUAAUAUGUGAAUACCCAUUGUAUGGAGACGUGAAUGAUUUCUAGUGUAAAAACUUUUGUCCCCAAGGCACCUAUGGCUAACCAAUCACACGAUAAUGCUUGCCAAAUUGUCCAGAUCCUUAUUUUAAAAAUGAAUUGAAGACAAAUUGUGUGAAGGAAUGUCCAAUGGGUACCUACCCCUAAGAUAAAUCAUGUUUGACAUGCCAUACAACAUGCGAAACAUGUUCUGGUGGAAAAUCAACAGAUUGCAUAUUUUGCAAAGAAGGCUAUUUUAUGUAUAACCAAUAGUGUGGAUAUUGUGAGAACUUAUAAUACUCAAACAACGAAACAAGAACCUGUGUAGAUUUCAUUACAUAUUCCUUAAAUAUUUUAGAAGCCCAUGAUUCAACCAUAGUAUUUGAAAUUUCAUUUUCAAGUGGCAUUAAUCCAGACACUCUUGAUCUUAAAUCUCAAAUUGAUGUUAUGAAUAUAGAUAGUUCAUAAUAUUAAAUGACAUUAAGUUCUGUUUAAGAUGAUUAAUUCUUUGUCAUUACUUUAGAUUUUGACAUAUCUCAUAGGAACACUCAAAUCUCCUGUAAUUUUACUAACAAUAUUAUGAAUGAAAAUAACACUCCCAUUCUAUUGUCUACUGCAGUUUAAAAUUUGGAAAUACCUGCAUAGUUUAUACCACCAAAUUAAGAAGCAAAUAGUAAUACAAUUAACACUUAUAUGAUCAUCAGUUAUUUGUCUUACUUUUGCUUUUUGUUUCUCCUAUGUCUACUCUUAAGAACCUAAAGAAGAAUGUUCUACUUAAUUAUAAAUACCUUGUAAUUCAUUCAAGUAAUGAUUUUUAUCAAUUUUACUUUUUCAACACUUACGUUGAACUCCCUUUAACUGUUGGAUGUUGUAAAUUUAAGGAGAAUACCAGCCUUGGGAAUUUCUUAUGAUGGAACUUCACUACAUUUCUUCAACACCCCAAUUUACAAUCAAAUCCCAAACAACAAUUUUCUUUACAAUGCAGGCUAUUAUUAUAAUUUCAUAGCCAAUGGAGGCAUAUAAAUCCUUGGAAUUCUAAUUAUAUUUUGGAUUAUUUGGGCAAUUAGCUUUAUUUUACAUAAUUUUAUCUUGAUCAAUAACAAAAUAGAGACAUUGAAAUUUUAUAGAACAAUGCUAGAAGGUAGCAGUGAUUUGCUAGUACGAGUUAAUGAGUUUCUCUACUUUCCAUUGAUUCUCAUUUCCAUUUUAUAACUGUGGGGAUAUGACUUUAGUUCGGAUAUCAAUAUAGCCUCAUUUGUAUUGUCAAUUGUCACUAUAUUAUACUACCUGAUAUAUUUCAGAAGUGUAUACAAAUCGUAAUUCCUUGAUAUAGAUCAAUAGGAAAUGGAAAACAAAUACUUCACUUUCUUUGCUGAUUUCAAGCAAUCAAAUGAAAUCAAAAAGAACUAUGAAUUUAUUAAUUACUUCUUAAAAUCGAGUACUGCUUGUUCGUUAAUUUUACUCAAUAAUUUUCCUUUUGUUUAGUUUUCAAUAUCAUUUUCUUUGAUUUCACUCUACUUCAUACUUCUGAUUCAAAGAAGACCAUAUCUAAGAAAUAUCAUGAACUAUUCAGCCAUUUUUGGAUAUCUCAUAAUUAUUGGAUUGUAUAUAACAUCCAUUAUAUCAGAAAUAGAAUAUCAAUCUAAGAUUAACGACAUAGCAAUCACAAAUAAUUAUGUUGAAAAAUAAUACAUUUUCGGAUUAUCUUUUAUGAUAUUAAUUUAGAUUGUUUUAGGGUUUUAUGCAAUUACUUUUAGUUAUAAUAAAUUUCAAGAUUAUUUAAAGUUUUUAGAUAAAAAACCAGAUUGGGGUAAGAGUUUCUUAUAAAAAAUGGAAAAAUUCAUGUUUUCAGAUAAAAUUCAAGAAGUGGAAAUGGGCAAUAUAUCUUUAACAAAUUGA